AACCCUAUAAUCACUCGAAAUUUUCCUCUUACCACAGGCUUGCAUCAGCAAAUGUCAAAUUUGAGUUUGAUUUCAAACAAUGAUCGGUAGGAAAAUCCCUUUUAUAUCUUCGCUUUGAAACCUCGUAUCCACAUCAAUGUUCUAAUCGUGAACGAUCCAAACUCGGAGAACUGCAAUACAAUCCCUCUGAAAAGCUACAAAAUUUGAACUAAACCACAACAACAAGGGAGUCGAUUACAGAUUCACCAUGAAAGCUUCGGCCUCACCUCACUCAAAAGCUCCUUUCAAGUUCAGGAUUCCGACUGCGGAGAAUCUAGUGCCAAUUCGUUUGGACAUUGAAAUCGACGGUCAGAGGUUCAAAGAUGCUUUCACUUGGAACCCUUCUGAUCCCGAUUCAGAGGUGGUGAUCUUUGCAAAGAGGACAGUGAAAGAUUUAAAGCUUCCUCCGGCAUUUAUUACACAAAUUGCACAAUCCAUUCAAUCACAACUUACAGAAUUUCGAUCCUUUGAAGGUCAAGAUAUGUAUUCUGGUGAAAAGAUUAUUCCAAUCAAGCUUGAUCUCCGAGUGAACAAUACACUCAUAAAGGAUCAGUUUCUGUGGGACUUGAACAACUAUGAGAGUGACCCUGAAGAGUUCUCCAGGACAUUCUGCAAAGAUUUGGGUAUUGAAGACCCUGAAGUAGGACCCGCCAUUGCUGUUGCGAUUAGAGAACAGCUCUAUGAGAUAGCAGUGCAGAAUGUUGCCUCAGCAAGAGAAAGCAGAAUGAGCAAGAAGGGCCGCCGAGGGUUCGAGCAUGUACCAGUAAGUAAAACUGGAGGUGCUUCGGUGGACUUGGUGAAGUUAUUUGGUCAUAGAUCAAGUGUUGUUCGGAAAAGAAAGGACUGGGACAUUUACGAACCAAUUGUCGAUCUUCUAUCCAACGAGGAAGUAGAUGCCCUUGAAGCAAAAGAAGAGAGGACUGCUCGAUAACAUAUUCUCAGUUGCUGCUGUUGAUCAUGUCGCUUCUAUCGUCAAACAGCAUGGACUUUCCCAGUGGAGGUAAAUUAUUCGACAUGGAUAUAAAGUUAUUAGGUCUUGAUGUUUCACCACAAUUAACAUUCUUUAUCUUCUCAAGUUAAAGGCUUUCGUAGUGAUUCUUCAUGGAUGGUUCUUAAUCCCCAUCUAGCUGUUGAGUAAGGAUAUGAAGUCUCUGAUACUGAAGUUCAUAUGGUAGAUAUUUUGACAAAUUUUACGGUACUUGGCAUGGCUUAUGUAACUAGAAAGGGUAUAGUGAGCUCUGAUAAUCAUAUGGGUACAACUUUUGAUAUGAGUUCUCAUUCUUAUUUGUUGCUUUUGAUAGCAUUCUCAGAACCAUUCAAAAAUUUUCUGAAAGACUGACAAGUGAAGAUAUUCAUAUAUGCCAAAAGUUCUUUGAUACAA